GCGAGAUGAUGUCAGAGUGAGCGUGACGUUGACAGCGGCGAGUGGAAUCUCUGGGUAGAGUUUGGAACGUUGUGUAGCAGUUUCGGGAUGAGUGUCUGGGGCUUUGGUUCUUGGCUCAGGUUGAGGGCAUUUUCUCGGUUACAGAUUGUACAGAAACAUUUGAUGUCCACAAAUGCCAAUUCGGGAAAGGAAGUGCUCUUAAUGAAGUCUGGAUGUGCUGGAAUAAUCACACUAAAUCGGCCAAAGGCCCUGAAUGCAUUGAACCUCUCUAUGAUCAGACAGAUCUAUCCCCAGCUAAAGAAAUGGGAGCAGGACAAUGAAACUUCAUUGGUAAUCAUCAAAGGCGCAGGGGAAAAGGCAUUCUGUGCUGGGGGUGACAUCAGAGCCGUUACAGAGGCAGGAAAAGUUGGAGACAGACUGGCUGAAGAUUUCUUCAGAGAGGAAUAUAUUCUAAACAAUGCAAUCGGAAGCUGCCAGAUACCGUAUGUUGCCCUUGUUGACGGAAUAAUGAUGGGAGGAGGUGUGGGGUUAUCAGUGCAUGGACAUUUCCGGGUGGCCACAGAGAAAACACUGUUUGCUAUGCCGGAGACAGGAAUAGGUCUGUUCCCAGAUGUAGGAGGAGGUUACUUCUUGCCAAGACUGGAAGGGAAACUUGGCUUGUUUCUUGCCUUGACAGGAUUUAGAAUUAAAGGGAGAGAUGUGCAAGAAGCUGGAAUUGCGACUCACUUUGUAAAGUCUGAGAAGAUUCCUGCUUUGGAGCAAGAUUUGGUGUCUCUACAGUCUCCUUCAAAAGAGGAUGUUGCAGAUGUAUUAAAUUCAUAUCAUAUGAAGUGCAAAGCCGAUGAUCAAUUUGUCUUAGCAGAGCAUAUGGACAAGAUUAAUAGGUUGUUUAAAACCAACAGUGUCGAGGAAAUAAUGGAAAAUAUGAGAGAAGAUGGAAGUCCAUUUGCUGUUCAACACUUGGAGAUGUUGAAGAAAAUGUCUCCGACAUCCAUGAAGAUUACUUUUCAACAGCUUGAACAAGGAGCCAGAAAGAAUUUGUCGGAAGUUUUAAUUAUGGAGUACAGACUUAGUCAAGCUUGUAUGAGAGGCCAUGAUUUCUAUGAAGGUGUGCGAGCAGUGCUGAUCGACAAGGAUCAAAGCCCAAAGUGGAAGCCUGCAACUCUGGAGGAGGUGACAGAGGGCUACCUGAGCAGUUGCUUUAAGUCACUUGGAGCCAAAGAACUCAAGUUUUGAAUGUAUGAAUGGACUGAGUAUUUAAAAUGAAAAUGUUUCAAGGUCUCAUGGAUGUUUGCUGUUCUCUUCAAGCUUAUGGGUAAAUUAUGUAUUUGUCUGGUGAAAAAUUUGUAACACAAGUAUAAUAAAUGAGGGAACACUGAAA